AUGGCCAUAAAAUUGUGUUGCUUUCCCAAGGAUCCACUGGAGGAUGUUGAGACUUGGAGUGAGUCUGUGGACAAAGUCCUCAGUUGUAAAGCCGGACAGAUAGCUUUCCGGGAGUUUCUGAAGUCUGAGUACAGCGAGGAGAACAUACUGUUUUGGCUCGCCUGUGAGGAGUAUAAGAAAAUCAAGAUGGCGCCAGAGAUGAUCUCCUCUGCCAACAGGAUCUACUCAGAGUUUGUCGAAACAGAAGCGCCCAGACAGAUCAACAUAGAUUGUGGUACCAGAGAAAACAUAACAAAGAACAUCUCCCAGCCUUCCCUGACUUCGUUUGAUUCAGCACAGAAGCUCAUCUACAGUCUGAUGGCCAGGGAUUGCUACCCGCGCUUUCUAAAAUCUGACAUCUAUCAGGGACUCCUGAGAAGAACUAAUUCAAGGUGACUGUUUUAAAACGGACAGCCUCUCAGACAAAAGGCUCGCAACCGCUUUUCACCAACUCUGAUCUGCUGUAGCCCUCUUUUAUUUCAGUGUGGAUAACAGGUUUACGCCAUACAAUCCAGAUCCCAAGCAGAAAUAGCUUUUCUGAACCUGUGUGUUUCCCUAGACAGUUACAGCUCAAGAGAAUGUGUGGCUUGUAUUAUACUUCCUUUCUUUAAUUAUGUCAUGGUAAAAUCUUUAAAAAGACUGUGCACUUAAUUCUUCUAUGAUUAUCUAUUUUCUCUCCUCCGGCCCAUGAGGUUAAUAAUAAAAAGAAUCCCUUUAUUGUAAAGUAUUAUCACCACAUAAUUGA